AUGGCAAGCAAGGUCUGUCUGCUGUCUUCUCCCUACACACGAGUUAACAGACAUUACGAUGUCCAGAAGGGAUUCGAUCGGAAAGCCAUUGUUGCCAAGGUUAUGUGGUCAGGCAAGUGGGCGCUGGUUUCGCCCUUUGCAAUGCUCCAUUCGGUGUGGCAGUUGAUCCCAGCAUUUAGAGGCUAUGCUCAGCAAGAUGCUCAGGAGUUUUUGUGUGAACUGUUAGACAAGGUGCAGCAUGAGCUGGAGAAUGCUAGCAACAAUAGAAACCCGGGGGUCGUCCCAGAUCCACAGAAACGUCUCAUUAAGCAAGUGCUGGUUGUGGUCAACACAGUCUUUCAUGGCCAGCUCCUCAGUCAGGUGACCUGCUUGGGGUGCAAAAAUCGAUCGAAUACUGUGGAACCCUUUUGGGACUUAUCGCUGGAGUUCCCUGAGCGGUAUCACCGUAGUAGUAAAGACUCUAUGGCACACGCUUCCUGCCAUUUGACAGAAAUGUUAGCCAAGUUUACUGAGACUGAGGCCCUGGAGGGAAACAUAUAUGCUUGUGAUCAGUGCAACUUGGCUCGACGUACUGGAACAUCUAAACCAGUUCUCCUUACAGAAGCCCAAAAGCAACUUAUGGUGCACAAACUCCCCCAGGUUCUGCGGCUCCAUCUUAAACGUUUUAGGUGGUCCGGACGAAACAACAGAGAGAAGAUUGGAGUACAUGUCAGUUUUGAUCAGCUUCUCAAUAUGGAGACUUAUUGCAGCCUUGAGGCCUCUUCUAAAAUCUUUGCCUACUCGACUAACGGAAAUCCAAACUCAAGCACAUCAUAUCCACAGCACUUCACUUAUGAACUCUCUGCUGUAGUGAUGCAUCAUGGAAAAGGUUUUGGGUCUGGCCAUUACACGUCAUACUGCUAUAACAGAGACGGUGCUUUUUGGGUUCACUGUAACGAUUCAAAACUGAAUGUGUGUUCGGUGGAGGAAGUGUGCAAAGCACAAGCCUACAUUCUCUUCUACACACGUGUAACUCAGGACCCACUGUAG